AUGGAUCGAGAGACGCGAAUCCUCACGGAACACGGCGUAUCCGAAUCUCACCAUGCCGUCGCCCUCCUCCCCCCGGGCAAGCGCAAGCGCAGCGCCUCCCAUCUACCCGCUCAUCCCCCCCAGUCCGCCUCGGCCGAUCUCCAACCGUCAUCGCGCGAUGCGUCCGGCGAAGAAGGCGGCGAGGACUCGGCGGACCUCGCCAAUGUGUCCGCGGCCAAGCACAAGAAGCAGCAACCUGCCGGGGAUGCCGUUCCGCCGUCGAAACGCGCGCGCAAGAGCUCCGGAGACGCCAGCCACCACUCCGGGGAAACUGUCGCCCCCAACGGCGCCGCCAAGGAGGACCCCGGCGAACCAUCUGAGACUACCGUCGCCAGCAGUGACAUUGAGAAUCGGCCUAGAAGCCGCCAUGGCUUGCAUCUUCAGCUGCCUGAUGAGGAGUCGAUGCCGCCGCCGGGUCGUGGGGGGUUACAGGACCCCGUGGGCUAUCAUACCAACCCGCCGCCGACUGGCCGGGCUGUUCGAGUGUAUGCCGACGGAGUGUUUGACUUGUUCCAUCUCGGUCAUAUGAGACAGCUUGAACAGGCCAAAAAGGCUUUCCCUGAUGUGUACCUCAUCGUUGGGGUGACCGGUGACGAGGAGACGCAUCUGCGGAAAGGGUUGACGGUCCUGAGCGGCGCCGAGCGAGCGGAGACGAUUCGACACUGCAAGUGGGUGGACGAGGUGAUUCCCAACUGUCCGUGGGUGGUGACACCCGAUUUCUUGGCCGAGCACCAGAUCGACUACGUCGCCCACGACGAUCUGCCGUACCAGGCGGCUGAGGGUGAUGAUAUCUAUGCUCCCAUCAAGUCUGAGGGCAAGUUUUUGGUUACUCAGCGGACAGAAGGUGUCAGCACUACAGGGGUCAUUACUCGGAUUGUUCGCGAUUACGACCAGUACAUUUCUCGUCAGUUCAAGCGAGGCGCAUCUCGGCAAGAACUGAACGUGUCGUGGCUAAAGAAGAACGAGCUGGAGAUCAAGCGCCAUGUGACGGAAAUCCGGGAUAACAUUCGCAACAACUGGACGAUGACCGGGCAGGAGCUGGGUCGGGAAUUGCGACAGAUCUGGCAGAACAGCCGGCCGGGCAGCCCGGCACCCAGCACGCGGAACAGCAUGGACUUUGGUAAUGGUCGUGGACCCCUGGCAAGCCCAACCGGAGGCAGCAAGUCGCAUCUGUCGCGCGUGGAGGCAUUGAACCGACCCGACAGCCCGAUGGGCUCACCCCGGAACGAAGAUUUUGCGACCGGGUACAGUCUGGGCUUGAUUGGAGGAGUGCGAGCAUGGAUGAUGCGCAGCCGCCAGUCCCUCCAAGAGCCCCCGAGCCACCCGCACUCGCCAUCCGACGAGGACCCCGAGUCGGAGCAGGCCAAUGGUUACGACGAAGAGUUCCGCGGGAGAGCAGAAAAGAAG